AUGUACCGUACUAACCUGGACACAAAAGAAGGUGGAAAAAAGUCUCAUAGUCGAUCAUUAAUGAGCAACUUUGGUAAACACAAAAAAGCUGUGAAGGCAACAUCCAAAUACCAUAGUGCAUCAGAUGAUGAAGAAAGUCAGCAAAACUCUUCUGGGAAGGAAACGGGGCAGCUCCACAGACUGGCUCGUCGAAGAAAAACGGUGAAGCUGUGCCGAGCUCUGUCUGACCUAGUGGUGUACACGAACUCUGUGGCAGCCCAGGACAUAGUUGAUGACGGAUCAACAGGGAACGUGCUAUCAUUCAGUGAAACAAGAGCCCACCAAGCAGUGCAGCAGAAGGCUGAACAGUUUAUGCUUUACAACCAGAAACAGCUUACAAGGGUCUAUCCGUCAGCCUAUCGGAUUGACUCCAGCAAUUUCAACCCUUUACCUUACUGGAAUGUUGGUUGCCAGUUAGUGGCACUAAACUACCAAUCUGAGGGACGUGUGAUGCAAUUAAAUGAUGCAAAAUUUAGGGUAAACGGCAACUGUGGUUAUGUCCUCAAACCUCAGCAGAUGUGCAAAGGCACAUUCAACCCCUACUCUGCUGAUCCACUUCCUGCCAGUCCUAAAAAGCAGCUUAUUCUGAAAAUCAUCAGUGGACAGCAGCUACCUAAGCCUCCUGACUCCAUGUUAGGAGACAGAGGAGAGAUAAUAGAUCCCUUUGUUGAGGUGGAAAUUAUUGGGUUACCUGUUGACUGCUGUAAAGAUCAAACCAGGGUGGUUGACGACAAUGGGUUUAAUCCUGUUUGGGAGGAAACACUCACUUUUACUAUCCACAUGCCUGAAGUAGCUUUAGUGAGAUUUCUUGUGUGGGACCAUGACCCUAUUGGGCGAGACUUCGUUGGACAAAGAACUCUGGCCUUUAGCAGUCUUGUGCCUGGUUAUCGUCAUGUGUAUUUAGAAGGCCUGACGGAAGCAUCCAUAUUUGUUCAUAUAACCAUUAAUGAAAUCUAUGGAAAAAAUAAGCAGCUGAUAGGACUCAGAGGGUUGUUUAACAAGAACCCUAAGCACAAUUCUGCUGAAACCAGCGGGCACUAUGUACGGAAGCGAUCUAUUGGUGAUCGAAUUCUCCGGCGCACAGCCAGUGCACCAGCCAAAGGUAGAAAGAAAAGUAAGAUGGGUUUUCUGGAAACUACUGAAAUUAAAGACAGUGCAUCUGAACCAAUAGACUUGAAAGACAAAGAAGGAGUUGUACGGCGUGCAAGCCGGAGUUUGCAAGCACGUCCUGCUUCUAUGCCCGUGGACAAAUAUCUUCUCGUAGGACUGCCAUGCCCAGAAGAUGAAACUGCCCAGGAUGCCAAAGGAAAAGAAAACGCAUCUGCCAACAGUGAUGACAAUACAAAUGAGAAGGAAACAAACUUGAAAGAAUCUGGUUCUCCAUGUUCUGUGAAAACAGCAAAUACUUCAAAUCUGACAUCUCAGUUUAAGGAGGAGGAUGACCAGGAGACUACAGUUGACUCUUUAGUGCCAUCUCUACAGGAGCAACAUGAAAAUUUAGUUUUUGCAAGUGGUGUAGCUGAAACAAAUCGCCUCGUAGGCUAUCAGGAAAAUAAUCUUUCUGAUGAAACUGUCCCUCUAAUGCGUGACUCUGAUUUUGGACUUUCUGCAGAAAAAACACAUGACAAAAACUGUGCAGACAAUAAAAAGGAAGAUGACACAAAAGGGUCUAAGGAGGAGAAAAGAACUCUUGUGGGGACUUCCCUUUCUCAAAAAGUAGGGAUGGAAAAUCAUAAAUAUGACAUCAUCAAGAAAAGCACUGCAGCACCUCUUUCUUUGACAGAUAUAUCUUCUGCCAUUUGCUCUGAUGUUCCUGAUUUGCACUCCACUUCAACCACACAAGACAGUGACAUUUCUCGCCUUAUAGAUGAAGUUUCUUUAGCAAAUGAGAGCGAGUUGGAUAGCGCUGUCUCAGCUCUGAUCGGACAGUUUGAGGUCACAGAUGACCAAACUAAUCUUACUGUGGUCUCAAGCCUCCAUGGCACCAGUAGCCAGACCGUCAGUGUGAUGGCUACACACCCACACGUGCUUACUGCGGAUCUUAACAGUCCCUGUAAGCGCACCUUUACUACCACAAAAUCCAUCAAAUCCCCUUUAUUCUCAACUCCAGAUACUACCACGUUCUCCAGCCCUGAGACUACAGAGUAUUCUGUGUACACAAUUAUCCAUGAGGCAACUCUUACACCAACUUCUGACCGUAAGACCCACAGUGAAUUAGUUUGCAAGAACAAGUUAAACAGUAUAGAAAACAACUUGCCUAGCUGUCUUUGUCCUUCACCUCUCUCUUUGCUAAAUGCAAAUCCCAAAAGAAAAUGUGGAACACACUGGGAAGCCCCCGAAUCUGCUAGUUCUUUUGCUUCCAAUAGCCUCAUCUUUGAGGAUGAGGAGACACUUGUUGACCCUCCCACUGGUGAAAAUUCAGAAAGCAGCAGUCUCAUAGAAGUAGAUGAGGAUCCUCAAGAUCUCUUGGUAACUGCAUCCGAGUACAAAAGGGAAGACAUGAGCCAGCUGGCUUCCCCUUUGAAACUGAGGCAAAGGCAGGAUUCUGGGCACGGUGGUGAGAGGACCUCUGGGAACGGCGUGACUGAGCUCCGUGCUGCUGCCCUGGACUGCUCGGAUAACUUCGGGGCUGCAGGGACUCAGCUCCCUUUUCCAAUGUGUGAAAGUGUUGGCUUUUUAUAUCAUCAUCAUUCAGAUAAGCAGAACAUAAUGUGUACCUCUGAGAGAUCCCAGCUCAACAUACACUCACCGGUGCUCAAAAACGCUUUGCCUUUCCCACCUCCUUCAGCCAUCAAGCAGGCUAGCCCUUGCAAAUCCAAAAGUCUCGGUGACUUGACAUCAGAGGAUAUUUCCUGCAAUUUUGAAAGUAAGUAUCAAUACAUAAGUAGAAGCUUUAUCUCAUCGGGCAUGAGAGACAAGAAACUUGCUGCUAUGAAGAAUAUGACACCGCAUUCGACAGACGCUCUGACAGAACAGCUGAGGAAGCUGGUGUCCCUGGACCAGGAGGACAGCCAUCAAACGCUGUACUCCAGGCAGAUCGAUGAAGACUGCCCAAAGACGCUGGUCAGAAAACUCUCAUCCAGAAGCCAGAGCAGAGUGCGGAAUAUAGCCAGCCGUGCCAAGGAGAGGCAGGAGGCUGCCAGCAAGCAAAAAUCUUCUAACACAAGUAGCAUAGCGGGCGUCGUCCUUCGGAACAAGCCUUCAGCAUCUCCUCAUGUUAUCAACAGGCAUUCAACGGGCUCGUACAUAGCCAGGUACCUGAAUGGCUUCCCUGGGGAGGACGUGGAGGGCCGAGGAAUACCAGAGGGCGCGUGUGCCGCUUUGCACUACGGCUGUGGUGACCAGUUGUAUACACAUAAUUCUGUUCUGCAGCUGGAACCCGAUAGUGAUGAUAAGCCUGAAAUUUAUGUCCUGCUGAGACUGUAG